UUUUCAGAUAUGUACAACAGAAGAUGAAUGCAGAUUCGGCAGAGUAAGUGAGCUAUUUGUGUAUGAAAAAUUCAGUAGAGUUCCUGCAGAAACUGUUGAAGCUGGAGAUAUCUGUGCUGUGUGUGGUAUUGAUGAUAUUCAGAUUGGAGAGACUAUCGCUGACAAAAGCGAGGGAAAACCAUUACCUGCAAUCAAGGUUGAAGAACCUACAGUGAAAAUGUCAUUUUCAGUCAAUACCUCCCCUUUUGUUGGCCGCGAGGGGAAGUAUGUCACUAGCCGAAACCUAAGAGACAGGUUGUACCGUGAGCUGGAAAGAAAUCUGGCAAUGAAAGUUGAAGAUGGUGAAACUGCAGAUACAUUCAUUGUCAGUGGACGUGGUACUCUGCAUAUCACCAUACUGAUAGAGAACAUGCGAAGGGAAGGAUAUGAGUUCAUGGUGGGACCUCCCAAAGUGAUAAAUAAGAAAGAGGGUGACAAGUUGCUGGAACCUUAUGAGAUUGCUACUGUUGAGGUUCCUGAGGAACACAUGGGGUCUGUGGUUGAACUUCUGGGGAGAAGGCGUGGGCAAAUGAUUGAUAUGCAAGGGCUUGGGUCUGAAGGGACAACUUUGCUCAAAUAUAAAAUACCAACCCGAGGUCUUCUUGGAUUGCGGAAUUCAAUCUUGACAGCUUCUAGAGGCACAGCAAUUCUCAACACAAUAUUUGAUAGCUAUGGACCAUGGGGCGGUGAUAUUUCCACUCGUGAUCUAGGUUCACUGGUUGCAUUCGAGGACGGAACGAGUACAUCCUAUGCUCUCAUGAGUUCUCAGGAUAGAGGGCAGUUGUUUAUUGGCCCUGGAGUGGAUGUUUAUAAAGGUCAAAUAGUUGGUAUUCACCAACGGCCAGGUGACCUUGCCUUGAAUGUCUGCAAGAAAAAGGCUGCGACAAAUGUUCGUUCAAACAAAGAAGUAACAGUGGUUCUUGAUACUCCACUAGAUUAUAGUCUGGAUGAUUGCAUAGAGUACAUUCAAGAAGACGAGCUUGUUGAAGUUACUCCGUCAAGUAUACGGAUGUUGAAAAACCCGAAGUCUGCCAAAAAGACGCGAUGAAGGUUUACAUAGAACGAGGCUAAGAGAGCGAUGAAGUACACAUGGUACGAGCCAAUAUAUAUUUCAUCCCAGCUCCUUAAUUCAUUCCAAAGGACCUCUCUUUUGGAUAGAACAUUCCGCGAUUUUUAACAUGUUGAUUAUUUUCAACAUGUGAAGUAAACUUUUGGUUAAUGCAGAGCUAUACAACAUUCAAAGCCUCCAAUACAAUAGGUUGAGCCUUUUGGUAGUUGGAUUUGAUUAGGCAUACAAAGGUGGUGUAGUAUAUUAUUUCUCACAAUUUGUAUAGAUGACUGAUGAUACAAUAGAGAGCAUGUAUCCAAAAGCUGCAAAACAAUAUGCAAUAUUUGAUUGUUUGCUAUUGUAACUACUACAGACUUCUCAAAUUCCAUGUUUUUGAAAACAUCUACUUGGUAGGCUGCUCACUAUUUAUUCCACAUGUAACUCAAAAGUAUGAUUUUGUA